ACACUCCAAUUUUUCUAUAUAAACACCAACCCCUGCACCCUCAUACUCACACUCAAAACCUUCAAAUCACUCUUACAUACAAGAAAUAGUGGUAUCUCUACAGUCUUAGCCAUGGCCGCUCUUAAGAUGGUUAGCGUUCUUGUUCUGUGCAUGUUAGUGGCAGCUCCAAUGGCUACACAAGCCAUAACAUGUGGUCAAGUGGCAAGCUCCCUCGCCCCAUGCAUUAAUUAUCUCAAGGGUCAAGGUGCGCAAGCCCCUCCAGCAGCAUGCUGCAAUGGAGUGAAGGCCAUCAACAACGCUGCUAAAACCACCCCUGACCGUCAAACAGCUUGUAAUUGUUUGAAAUCAGCUGCCCGAGGCGUUUCUGGGCUCAACCCUAGCACAGCAGAAAAUCUCCCUAGUAAAUGUGGAGUUAGCAUUCCUUACAAGAUCAGCUUGUCCACAAACUGCGCCACCGUGAAGUGAGGAGGACAGACAGAGCAACAAUUGUGUAGGCCGAAACAGGAUAGUUUGAGAAGAAGAAUAAUAAGGGCUUAGCAGUGAGCAGUCCAGUUGGGUCUCCUUCUUGUCCUUAGUUAGUGGCGUCGUCUUUGUUUUAUCCAUCUUUUUAUGUUACUGAGUCCUUUUGAGUCCUCUGUGAGUCUACUUUGGUAUAUUUAUGAGAUUAAUAUAUCCGCUGCUUUUUAGUUGAA